CCCAGAUUCAUUUCUUAGACCUAAUCGCCCCAAAAAGCCUUCGGUUUUCUUUGUUUAUUUGUGUUUUUGCAGUGAAAUUUGAGCAAUGGUGGUAGCUUUGGGUCCUGGAAAGUUCUACGGAAGCAGCCUCCCAAGACCACGGAUCUAUACAGACAUCAAGUAUAACACCGAUCGGGUCGACCCACCGGUCUCUGUUCUCGACCCGUUAAUGUCGUGGGCAGAAGAAGCUCACUGGUCCAUGGGUGGCUUGAGCUUCCAGCGCCACCGUCUCCAAGGCCGUAUUGAAGGCAGUGUCGAGAAGCUUCGGAACCAGAUCGAGAAGUCAAUCAAGAAGAAGGAAUCAUUAACACCCAAGUCGUCGAAGAAACAAUCCACUUCCAAAGUGUUGGAAAAUUCGGGCAAAAGAAAAAGUAAGAAGGAAAUUGAUUUGAAUCGGAGUCGUAGUCCAUCACCACCACCGGCUCCAUUAGCUAACAAGCGGAAGAGGCGAUAUGUGGGUUUGGUUGAUGAGGAGGACGAGGGUGAAGAAAAUACUACCGCUAGGAAGUGGCCGGUGAGGAAGCUUUCUGAUGAGUUCGAACGUGUUGCAGAUACAAAGAGAAGUCCGAAGACCAGCUCCGGGGAUGGUGAGUCUGAGAUGGAAACAGUCGCUUCAAGGACUCGGGGUCGGAAAACUGUGACUGAGGAACCAAUGAAGACCGUGUCGAAGGGAAAUAAGCGAUUGAGAAAGGUGGGCGAAGCUAAAACUGGUGGUGCAUCUCCUAGGAGUUCACCAAGAUUGGUGAAGCGUGGGUAGAGUUCGUUGUAGUAGAAGUGUUCGAUGAAAUGUCUGAAUGAGUCUAUGUUUUAAUCUUAGUAUAGUUUUUAUUUCUUUAUCAUAUAUAUGAGCUUGAAAUUACCGUCAUGCAAAAGUCCUUUGAGAAUGCUGAAUUCUAUACAACUAUGCUAUGAUGAUUUUUACUUUGUUAUGUUGAAA